GCCAGAGUCGAGAGAGAGCGCGUCGCGAUACUACUACUUCUUCUGAGAUGGAUACCUACGUACUUUUUUUGAGAGAAAAGAGGGUCACAGUGAGACCAGAGGACCUCAAGACCGAAAAAAUAGCUGUCAUCUUUCAAGUGCAGAAGGACACUAUUUAUUUAACAGAUGACCACAACAUCGCCAUCUUCCCAGAGGAGAACGGGCACUUCAUCUCUGUGGAUCUGGUGGACCGGGGCCACUACGAGGUGCAUGGGGAUGCCUCGGCAUCAGCAGCAGCAGCACCACCACCACCACCUGCAACAGCAACAGCAGCAGCAGCGGACCAACGUCCACGUUUUGCUUUUCAGCGGCCUGUUGCCAGUGCUGUCGCGAGAACAAAGGCAUUUCAAAGGAAUAUUUACAUCGGUGAGGUGAUGGAGGGGAGGCUGCAGACCAGCAAAACUGUGACAGUCAGAUUCUCAGAGUUUGAGACUAAUGUGCCAUCCAUCUUGGGGAAGGUUGUGGAGGCACUUGGCGACGCGGAGGAAAUGAUCCUCACAGAUGGCCAGGGGAACGCCAUUCUUGACUCCGAGGGCACCAGAGGAUCCAACUUCUGGAAGCAGAAUUCUAGGAAGAUUUUUGCUGUUCCUGAGAUUCAGCUGGGACAGCUUGGCAAAAGGAGGCGGCUAAGUCGUAGAGAAGACACUGGUCUUCAAGAUGUGGUGGCCGAGAUAGAGGAGGUGAUCGAGGCAGACCAGGGCCUGAAGGAGGUCACCAAGAGCAUCAAGGAGGUAACAGAAGGGACUGGCAAAGCAACUCUACUGUGCCUACAAGAGGGAGAAGUGAAUGCCCUGAAGACUGUCUUUGGCUGCCUUGUGUGCCCAGGUCCUGUGGAAAAACCCAUUUUUUCAUCUUGCUGCAGAAGCAUCAUCGGAUGCAGGUCGUGCAUUCAACAGUGGGAACACAGCCACGACUACUGCCCGAAGUGUCGGUGUCAAGACAGGGAGACAAAUGAAGUGGCUGGGUUGGACGAGGCCCUGGCAGUGCUGAGGAAGCUUUUUUAA